UUUUGCUGCAGGGGUGCCCCACUGAUUUUUGGCCGGUGCACACUUACUAUGGGGUGGCUUUGCGUCGCCCUGGCAACGUGCGUGCUGGUGUCGCGCUGUGUCAAAGGCAACGACUGGUGGUGGAAGUAUGAAGAAGGUCUACGACAAUACAGCAAGGAGGCCCUCAACAAGGAGUUUCCAGAGAAAACUCGUCCAAUCGGCUUCAAGCAUCCAGUCUUCCAGUGUCCGGAUAUGAGCCCCUCCACUUCAGCCCCCUCCUCAGUGGAGCUGGUGAAGGCGGCUGAUAUCAAAGUCAUCGCCGCUCUGGGAGAUUCUCUCACAACGGCCAUCGGCGCCAACGCCACCACCGUCCUCGGGAUUCCCAUCGAGUUUCGGCACGUUUCCUGGAGCAUCGGAGGUUACGGCUCGUACGAGGACGUUAUCACUUUGCCCAACAUCAUCAAACUCUUCAACCCCAACCUGCUGGGCGCCGCUCGGGGGAAGACGGUCCACGGCAUGGAGGCCCACCUCAGCCAGACGGGCCUCAACCUGGCCGUGACGGGGCAUAACACCUUCAAUCUCCCCAGCCAGACCAGACAUUUGAUUGACACCCUCAGAGGCUACGAGGGUUUGAACUUUGAGCAGGACUGGAAGCUUCUGACCAUCCUCAUGGGCAUGAACGACAUCUGCGACUACUGCAAAGACAAGGCUCUCUUCUCGGCGGAGAACUUCAUUCACUACAUGACCGUCUCCUUGGAAAUGCUCAUGAAUGAGGUUCCUCGUAUGAUCGUAAACGUGGUGCAGAUCCUUCCCAUGCAGACUCUCCGGGAGGUGCACAAGCCCACGCCGGGCUGCCUUCUCCAGCGCUCUUUCUGCUCGUGUCUGAUCGAGCCAGUGGGUCGCUCCGCUGAGCUGCGUGAGCUGGUGGAGGUCAAUCUGGAGUUCCAGAGAAGACUGGAGGCCAUGCUCCGCGGCGACCGCUUCUUCCGGGAUGACUUUGCCGUGGUUCUGCAGCCAUUUUUGAAACACGCCGACCCUCCUCGCCUGCCGAGCGGCAAGAUCGACAUGACCUUCUUCACCCACGACUGCUUCCACUUCACCAUCAAAGGUCACGAAGAGCUGGCCAAAGGACUGUGGAACAACAUGUUUCAGCCUGAGGGAGACAAGACGGUGGUGAGCAGUUUUUCUGACCCCAUCAGCCUCGUCUGUCCACCUGCGGAACAUCCGUACAUCUUCACCCGGCCCACCUCGGCCCAACCCGGACUUCGCUGUGGACAUCACACUCCAUCGCUGGCGGCCGUCUCCUCGCUGCUCUGGCUCCUCAUGGCGUCGGGGCGUCUUGCUUUUUUGUAGCUUUGCAAAGCAGGUGACGAUGCCGACAUAGACUUCUAUUAGCUGUCUGGAGAAGAAUGUAAGUGUUCUCUCAGUUUGUUCACUAUCAUGUAAAGGCCCAGGAAGCCUCAUCAGGAAGUGUGUCAGUCAUGUGUCCUAUUCAAUCCACGUACAAGAAAAUAAGCUACACUCAACGGGAUGAACAUUUCAACAGUAACUUUCAUAUCUUUUUCAAUCCUGUCUGUUUCUUGUACAGAAUACCUUGAAAAAAACAAAUAUAUUUAUAAAGCUCUAUUUUGACUAUUUUUUUAGUUUUUAAAUCCAAAAUAUGGGCAACAAUACACUGGAGCUCAGGAUUUCAAAUGCACUCAUAAAAAUGAGCCAAAAAACGGUACAUUAGCCGCACCUGUGUAUAAGCCGCACCCACUAAAUUUAGAGGAAAAAACAGAUUUGUACGAAUAUAAGCCGCACAUGUCCACAUGAUAAAUUGGCACAUUGUGGCACACGAGUCCGUGAAGACCAGGAAGUGCUUUAUCUGAGAGGAGCCAAUCAUGAGCUCACAAUGAGCUUGUCAACCCAUUGGAAAUUGCAGGAGGUCAUUACUCCAAUAUAACAACAGUCUUAACUCACGGUGUCAUCUUGCAAAGAACACCAAAUUCAUCACAAAGUAACUUAACACUCAAAAGGUAUACCCUAUAAAUACACAAACAUGUACCAAUAAGAAUUUUAAACAAAUGCUUUUAAAGUUUUACCAUAAUUCAUUGCAUUCAAGCAAAGCAUUUCAUUAGAGGACAAGCAGCAAAGAAAAUGUAAGAAUUGCGCUGCAAUGCUGCCUCUGUCCACCAGAGGGAGACAGAGGAGCCCAUAGGGAAGCUGACGUCAUUGCAGCGUCCCAAUGAAUGCGUUGCUCAGAUGCAACGCAUUACAGGAAAAGUUUACGAGAGUUGUUUUUUCAUUUUAAACGUCUAUUGGUACAUGUUUGUAUAUUUAUUAGAUACGUUAAGUUGCUGUGUGAUGAGUUUAUAUUUUUAUACAGUUAUAUGGAAUGACAUCCUGCAAUUUGAAGCUUGUUGUGAGUGCACUGAUAGCUCAUGAUUGGCUCUUGCGGCACAGUAUUUCAACGAUUAGUAGUAGUUCUGAAGUAAAGGAGACACAGUAUUUCAACGAUUAGUAGUAGUUCUGAAGUAAAGGAGACACAGUAUUUCAACGAUUAGUAGUAGUUCUGAAGUAAAGGAGAUGUCACGGUAUUAAAUUAAAUUAUGCUGUAUAAACCGCAGGGUUCAAAGUUUCAGAAAAAAGUAGCGGCUUAUACGCCAGAAUUGACGAUAACUUUGAAAUAUUCAAAUGUUUAUAGUAUAAAAUACAACUAAUAUGAAUGAAUAGGACUACAUACUUGAAGAGUAAUACAUCAAGUCACGAAAGAAACAUUUUAAAAUGCUGAAUAUUUUUAUUCGCUGUAUUUUUGUAUGAUGUUUUUUUUGUCAGGGGAAAAGUGAUGAGUAUGAGAUAUUACAACAUAUGAUAGAAUAUUUUCAAAAUAAUCAAUAUCAGAAAUAAUCAGAAAGCAAUAUUAUAAAAAGAUUGACCUUUUUGUCAUUUAAGUGAAUUAUUUGUAUAAUUUCUCAGUUUGUUUCUAACAUUUGAUAUUAAACGAUGGAAAAAGUGUGCUUUCCCUUUCCCUGGGCCUCGCUUGCCAGCCUUCCAUAAUGCGCCACGUGGCUCUCCUGUUGAUUUCUCUUACUUUUCCCUUCUUUUUUUCUUCCCACUUGAACUUUUUUCUCCUCUUAGUUCAAGUGGAAGUGAAUUAUUGAUGAGGCGAGGUUUGCCUUGAGCUUUUUUUUUUGUUUCCUCCCUCAUCGUCUCGCUGUAACACUGUCAC